AUGGAUGUUGCAGCGCCUAAAAAGCGAUUGGCCAUAUUUGGAGCAAAGACGGAGCUGGAAGUUAUGACCUGGAAUUGGCCAAUUACAACGCAGACUAUCCGUAUCCAUGAUCCUAUUGGUCACUUCCAGAGUAAUGAUGCUCAAUCAGUCAGCAGCUACGUCCAUUAUUUCGGUGUGCCUGCGCUUGAUUCUCAUAGAUACAAUCAUUUCUCGUUUCGCGACGAUAUGGCAGAGACACACUCCAUCAUCACGCCUGCUAUCAUGUACUGGGGCACCCCAGUUGUCCUGAUCACGACAGAGAACGAGGACGGGACUACCAACAUUGCACCAAUGUCAUCAGCUUGGUGGCUCGGUCAUCGUUGCGUACUGGGACUGGCUUCAAUGUCUCAAACCACCACCAACCUUUUGCGUAACAAGCAAUGCGUUCUCAAUCUUUCUAGUGACGACAUGGGACACUAUAUCAAUUCAAUUGCAAAGACGACUGGAAGCCCCGUGGUGUCUCCGUUGAAAAAAGUGCUCGGAUACGAGUUUUGCAAAGACAAGUUCGCACGUUCUGGCUUGACACAGCAGCCAUCCGAUCUGGUGCGGCCGCCGCGUGUCACCGAAUGCCCAGUACAGAUGGAAGCCGAAUUGAUGAACAGCAUGGGGCUGAUGCACGAUCUGCCGGAUCGAAGGGGGGCUUUGCUAGCCCUAGAAGUCAAGAUUUUGCGAACACACGUUCGAAAUGACCUACGCCUGCCUGGCCACGCCAACAGAAUCGACCCUGACCGCUGGAGACCGAUGAUAAUGAGUUUCCAAGAACUCUACGGCCUCGCACCGAAAUCAACCCAGUCAAAGCUUGCAACCAUUGACGAAGAAAAGUACCGCGUAAUAACACGAUCGGAUGUUGUCAAGCAGGGUGGAGAUAUGGACGGCGUCAAUAGCGAUGAAUCUGCUGCCCACGAUGAGAAAGCGGAUUGCGUCGACAGUUUGCUUGUGAUAGGAAAUGCGCCUUUGAAGUGA